AUGGCUAUUGAACAGCAGUUCCCUAACAGCCCUGAUGCUGUGAUUCAUAUGAUUGCUAAUUUUGUGCAGAUGUGGGCCGACUUGCUCAAGGAGAACGACAGAGCCAAGAUGAGGGAGAUGGCUCAAUCGUUGUCUGAUUGGAUGAAGAUGAAGGCGUGCUACACGCCCUACACAGACAUCGAAGUUCUAUAG